AUGUUAUAACAGCACCCAUAUUUAAAUUAGCCGGAAAAUGUUGCUAACAAAUACAAUAAACCUGUCAAUUUGAGCCAACAACUUAGUUUUUCUAAAAGUUUACCUGGCCAAGGAUUACAGCCAGAAUAAAACUAUGCAACUCCAUAAUGGCAAAAGUAAAUGAACCCUUAAUUCUCAAAUCAACAGCCACAAAUUUAAACUAUCUAAUCAAAGUACAUCCCACAACAGUAGACUAUUUAUCAACCUUAAACAACUUAUGUUUAAUAAACACAAUAAUAAUUUGUACCAAUUGGUUAUCCUCAAUAAUAAUAAUUCAGAUAAAGUUCUCCUCAACGAAUAAUCAAGGUGAAUUAAUAACCACAAUAACAAUAAGCAAUCUACCGACAACCAGAAGCAAGAAUUCCAGAAUAUUACCCACCUCCUCCUAUCUACUAUGAUGAGCCGUUCUACUAUGAAGAACCUAUUUAUUACCCUCCUCAAAAAUAAUCAAUCACUUUACCUCCAACUCAGUUUGAUAAUUAUUUUCAUCCUAACUAAGUCAGUUUCAUUAGGAAUCUUGAUGAUGGACCAAAAUACCCAGAGUACCCUUUUAAGGCUUUGGAUAUUCGAGAUUAUUUUAACAAAGCACUAAUAGAUAUGGCUACCUAAGAAGAGAAGAUUGAAAGAGCUAAAAUAUAGGUCUGUUCUUUACUUGACUUUAGAAUUAAUGGUUUAUUUAAUCAGUUAGAUUAAAAUUAAACAGGAUAACUCUCCAAAGAGGAAUUUGCAGUUGGAUUAAAAGCAUUUUCAUUGUAGGCUGAAUAAUGUGAUAUCACAUUGUUAUUUGAAGAAUUUGGGGAUUAAGGAAUGAUGGAUAUACAAUAAUUUGGAAAUAUGAUAAAACCAUAAACAGAUCUUAAAAAUACAAAAGCAUUUUAAUAAGAUGAUGUAAAGGUACUUCCAGAAACUAAACUUUUAAUCAGAAAUUUAUUUGUCACUUUAUUAAAUGCUGAGAGUGUGUAUGAAGGUCUUAGAUAAUACUUAAUAUCAAAAGAAGAAGAACUGAGAGAAAAUAUUCAAUAUGAGUAGAUAUUUGAAGACAUUUUUUCAAACGAUCACCCUAAUAAUUUAAGAUUUUAUCUUUAAAAUCAAGGAUAAUAUUUUGACAUGGCAGUGAUUAAUAGCUUAUUUAAUAGAUUCGACAGAGAAUGCACAAAAAGAAUAACAUAAGAUUAAUUUAUUUUUGCAUUUUAACCAAAGUUAAAGAAAGAUGACAAUUGCUUGUGA